AUGUCUUUCGUUGUGGGCCUAACUGCCGCACUGGCUGGAAAUACAGUGAUAGGCGUAGGCAAUUGCUUGCAGAAAUAUGCUUUGACACACGGUGAAGCGCUAAACCAGUCUGCCUCAAACCCCAAUUAUAGCAGCGAUUCGGAUGCAUCCCCACCACCAACACCCCGUUCAAUGUCUCGAUCGAAACCGUACACAUACUCUCGUAUAAAUGACAAGGUAUGGUUAACUGGAAUAACCCUCGUAUACCUUGGUGAACUAUGCGGAAACUGGAUUGCCCUGUCUCUCAUUCCCGCAUCAGUCGUUACUCCACUCGGAAUCCUGGCUGUGAUUAUCAACGCUGUUCUAGCUAGUUGCUUCCUCAACGAGCAUAUUUCAUCCAAACAACGGCUAGGUUAUGUUUGGAUCUUACUCGGCGUACUGACUACUAUUUUGUUCUCGGCAACGACCACAAAGGAUAUCGAGAACGAUCUAUUGACUGGUGCACGGCUUGUUUCCUACAUCACUCAACCUCGAGUAAUUGUCUGGUUAUGUGUAAUUGUCCUUGCAGAAUGUUCACUGAUUGCUACGGUACGCACUAGAAAUAAGGAACAAUCGUCGUUAGUUUUAUACGUAAUUAUUACAGCAGGAUUUGGAGCUGUGACCGUUGUAGCGUCAAAGUUUUUGGCUGUGUUGUUGAGACUUUGGAUGAUGGAUGCGAGAAAAGAAGAAGGUGGGUUAAUUGACGUAUUCAGUGACGGGGAAGCUGUCAGCAUACCAAUGGUUGCAUUGCUGAUGACUGCCCUCGCUGUUGCACUCACUGUUGGCAUAUCCGGACAGGAGAUCUGUAAACAGAUCGCACUAAGCAAAUACAAGGUUACUCAAUUCCAACCAAUGUUUUACGCUUCUCAUGUUACGUUUGUUGCAAUUAGCGGAAUGAUAGUCUUUAAAGAAGUUGGCGUUUGGUGGUCUAUGCUAGGAUUUAUGGCUGGUGUUUUGGCUAUUAUCAGAGGAGCCAUUUAUCUACUAGAUGGAGAUGAACUCUUUCUAUCCGAUGAGGAGGCAGAAUAUGAUUGUGAUAUUCAGUCUGAAAGUGCGUCUGAUGAUUUUGAGCAUUUGGAAACCGAUGCGUUGCUAGGUCCACGCGUGAAUAGGAACAACGUCCCAAAUCCCAACAGUACCGAUGCUGGAAUAGCAAGACCAAGUUCUUUUGCUAUUGAAGUUCGCGCCGGGAUGCUGUCAGUCGAAUCACUUGUCAAGGAACCAAAGUCGGGAACGAAAUAA